AUGCAAAGUAAUAUUCUAUCAGUCUUUAACCCUCCCCCUGAAAGGACACUAACAGAAGAGGAAACAAGAGAUUGCAUUCCUUGCCAAAUUAUGAGCACUAUGUUUUCCGUUGGUUUCGGUUCUUAUCUUCUCAGUGGCAAGGCUUUCCAAUACUCUCAGAAAGAAAAGAAUAAGGGAAUAAGCCCACAAGACUUUCAAAAGCUGAAUCCAGCAUGGUGGAGAUAUACCUUACGAACAGUCGGUGGAUGUUUGAUAGGUUUUGGAUUUAUUCGGGGGAGCGAGGGCUGGCUAUGGAACAAAAACAAAGAGUACAAUAGGUUUUAA